AGACAGAUGUACUUGACCUCAUUUGAAAAUACAAAACCGGACCAAGACCACCACCCGGAAAGACAAGCACAAAUUCUUGAAGAACUCUUGCUCUUAAAACCUAUCGAGUCAGGGAUCAGCUGUAGCUGAAGGAGAUGGCCCAGGAGACCAACCAGAGCCAGGCUCCUCUGCUCUGCUCCACAGACUGUGGUUUCUACAGCAGCCCCAGAAACAAUGGCAUGUGCUCAGUUUGCUACAAAUACUUCCUCCAGAGGCAGAACAGCAGUGUAUGCAUCAGCCCACCAGGUCCGUCCUCUGUUGACAGCAGCGUUGGAGGGUCUGCCCUGACACAGAGCUCUGUCAGCAUUGCAAUCACUUCACUAGCAGCCAGAUCCUGCAGUGGGCCAACAACGGCCUCAGUAACAUCAACAGAAGGGAGCACCUCAGGAGCGAAGAGCAGUUUGACAGCCGACUAUGUUCAAAGCUCAGGCAUGUCAGGCAGAGCUGCAGAUGUAGGCGGUACACAGGAAGGUCAGUGUUUGGCAGGUAGCUCAGCGACUGUCUCUACAAACUCCUACCAUAGCAGCAAGAAGAGGAAGCUGGAGGAUCCUCAUGACAAUGUAGUUGUGCAGAGAGCAUCAGGGUCUGAGGAGUCAGUGAAUGCAGCUUUGGAGACAGAGGAGAAACCCAAAGCCAAGAAGAGCCGCUGCUUCACCUGCCGCAAGAAACUUGGUCUGACAGGCUUUCAGUGCAGAUGUGGAAAUGCAUUCUGCAGCAUGCAUCGAUACUCAGACACACACAACUGCACCUUCGACUACAGAGCUAAUGCUGCAGAGAAGCUCAGGGAGGAAAACCCCAUCGUAGUCGCAGAGAAGAUCCAGAAAAUCUGAAACCAGACGGAGGACAAAAUUAAUCUGAGGAUCAACCACUUAAGCCCCUUAUUUCAACCCUUCGGCGGACACACACGGCCUCAUCAGGCGGUCUUUACACAGUGGCCAUAACUGUCGGUAGCAUGGAUGAUGUGUGGAGCCCAUUCUCCUUGUGGCUGCAGCUACGUACACAACACAGCGCCAACUUUCUUCUCUCAUACACACUUCAAAACCCAUAUGGCCACCUGCUUAAAGGGCCAGACUCGGCUCGUAACACUGCGCUGAGUUUGUAAACUUUGAAAGAGUGACAAGUAUAAGGUAGCGUUGACCACCGGCUCACUGGUUACCAUGCUUUCUGUUGUUUACUACGCAGUUCUUCUUCUUUGUUUCAUGGCACGUGCCACUCUCUACUGCCAUCUAUGGCCACCAACUGUCACUACACGGUCAUCAGACACUGGUCUGCUCGCAGUGUGAAAGUGGCCAAUUGCCGAUUAAACGCGGGUCAACCCGUGUUUAAAAAACCCGGCUCUACACGGUAAUUUUGUUGUGAAAGUGGUAUGUUCUCAGCCCCCAACCGAGUUUUAUAUUUCUUCACCACCCCAUGUGAAUAAUCUGACAAUUAACAACAUACCUCUUAAGAAGUGAACAUGUCCCCCACAUACUUUGGGGACAUGUUCACUUUUUAAAAAAAAGUUAAAUUUGAAGGGAAUCCUUCAAAAUUGUUAAAUAAAUGACUCAAGUCCAUGAAUGAUUAAAUCCUAAAGGAAAAUGGUCUGCUUUUUAUGAAUAAUCUAGAAGAAUAGAAGUAAACUCACCAGAGACUUCUUUGUAGGCAGUGUCUGCAAACAAAGACACAGUAAGAAUAUUUUCUUAAUGUGUCUGACCUCCUCACAAUCUUUCUUUUUAAUUGAGCCUCCAUAGCAACAGUAUUCUACAAAAUGUAAUCAUGCAUUUGCUUUAAAUAAGAAGAUAUGUUACUCAAGCAAGAAUAAACCGUUACAGCCUACUGCCUAUUAAAUGAGUUUGAUUCUUUGAGCUUGGCGUCAUUUUGGUAAAUAAAAAAAUAAAUAAAUUUUUAAA